CUGUUUCGAGAGUUUAUCGUGUCGUUGAUCCUUCCGCGGUUGAUGUAAAUGUUUUUUUUAGGAAACCAGGAAGAUUGCCAUUCUCUAUCGUUGAACCUGACGGGUGUUGUCUCUUCCUGAACCUGGCGAAUUUUCUACCGAGGAAGUCGAAGCGAAAACAGUUCCUGAACGGAAAGCUAGUCUCGGUUCUCGUGAAUAUUUGCGGAGUUUCACGUUCUUCUCGUGAAUCCAUUACUUCUGUCGGGAUACCGUGUGGAUCUACGGAUCACGAAUUGAACUUCCCAUUGCCACCUCUGUGUUUGGCGUGCGGUGCUUUUUUGGACAUCAAGUCCAAGUACAGUAGUGGUUGAACGAAUUGAAAGGUGCGCCGCGCAUCAACCUCGUUUUUUAAGAAUGAGUCUUUCGACCAAAGAGGAUGCUCAGCAAGGCGUGAAACCAAACGAGGGAAAAGUCAAAAGCGGGCGUAAAUUUACGGACUCCAGAUCGUAUCCGAAGAACUUCCCGCCUUGGCACGACGGAUUCAUCAACGGCCCCAGCAACGUGCCAUACUGGAACAACUUUCAAAGUACUCCGCGAAGCUCUGAAUGGUUGGAUGACUACAACACAAACAAUGCCUACCCCUACAACCACAGGCCCCACAUGUACCGAGCUUUUACUAACUGGUACCCG